AUAAAAUUUCUUUGUCCACUGCCACUUAUAUCCAUGGAAACCGGUUGAGCCUUUUGGACUCAAGUUCAGAGCUCCACCCUUAUACAUAUUCUGAAACCAAGUUGUUUUCUGAAACAUGACAACCUUGCUGAGUCAAUUAACAAUCCUCAAACACUUCACUCUUCCAACAUAACCAUUAAAAUAGUCUUUCAUUGCCCAAAACAUCCGGUUUAGUUUUCACAAUUUCAGCUACAGCUUUUAACACUUGUCACAAAAGUGAUUUUUAUUACAACCAAGUUCAAGAUUAUGGCGAAACUUCCGGCCAUGCUUUCUUUGAGGCACUUAUUGAUGUUAUCGCUUGCUGUGAAUGUUAGUUUGAUUCUGAGAAUGGUGUAUGAAGGUGAACGAGAAGGAACCAACAAGAACAUGGAAGGGUAUAAUCGGAUUAUUCAAAAAUCACGUUUGGUUAUACCUUCAACUUCUUUUGCUAAUUCUACUCGUAAAGAUCGUUCUGGAGGCAUGGAUAACGUAAUCAACCUUGAUCAGGGCGAUCCAACCAUGUACGGGCGGUUUUGGCGACAAAUGGGAGACAGGACCACAAUAAUAAUUCCAGGAUGGCAAUCUAUAAGCUAUUUUUCCGAUCCAACAAGCAUUUGCUGGUUUCUUGAGCCGGAAUUCGCAAAGGAAGUAGUGAGAUUACAUAAUGUAGUUGGAAAUGCUGUAACAGAAGGUCGCCACAUUGUUGUUGGAACAGGUUCCUCUCAGUUAAUUCUUGCUGCUCUUUAUGCUCUCUCUAACCAUGAUGCUCCUCAACCCAUCAGCGUUGUUUCUGCCAUACCAUACUACUCGUCGUAUCCGUCGAUGGCAGAUUACCAGAAAUCAGGUCUUUACAAAUGGGCUGGUGAUGCAUAUACUUUUGACAAAGAUGGUCCUUACAUUGAGAUGGUUACAUCUCCUAAUAACCCGGAUGGACAUACAAGACAAUCAGUAGUAAACCGAAAUCAAGGACUAUUGGUCCAUGACCUUGCCUAUUAUUGGCCUCAGUACACUCCAAUAUCAUUUGCUUCAGAUUAUGAUCUUACUCUAUUCACUGUCUCAAAAAGCACCGGUCACGCUGGAAUGCGCAUAGGGUGGGCUCUUGUGAAAGACCGCGAGAUAGCAAAGAAAAUGACUAAAUUCAUAGAGCUAAAUACAAUUGGCGUCUCCAAAGAUUCUCAACUCAGAGCUGCCAAGGUUUUAAAAACAGUUUCUGACAGCUGCGAAGAAGAAAAUUCUCAAGGCGGACAAGAAUCAUUUUUCAAGUACAGCUACAAGAUGAUGGAGCAAAGGUGGAAACUACUUAGAGCAGCUGUCGAUAGUGGCGAUCUAUUCAGUUUGCCAGAAUUUUCUUCUGGAUUCUGCAACUUUCUCAACCAAGAGUCCAAGACUCAACCAGCUUUUGCUUGGUUGAAGUGUGAAGGGGAUAUCGAAGACUGUGAAAGUUUCCUUCGCGGACACAAGAUUUUGACUAGAAGUGGUAAACAAUUUGGGGCUAGUCCAAAAUAUGUAAGAAUUAGCAUGCUGGAUACAGAUGAUAAUUUUAUGCAGUUCAUAGAUAGGCUAUCUAUCAUACAGAACUGAAAUGAUGGAAAUUUCUUAAUGACAAUGUAUUUAUAACAAUAAUAAUGAUAGUAACAAAACAAUUUUGUGUUUUUAAUAUAAA